CAAACCUAUGCAGCAAGUUGCCACUGCGGUAUCGUACAAUACUCGGUUCUUCUCUCUCCACCACUGCCCCAGUGGAAGGUCGUAUCGUGCAACUGCAGCAUCUGCACUCGCAACGGCUACCUGCUAGUGUAUCCCGAGCGGUCGCAGCUACACAUAAAGAGCGGUGAAGACAUGUUAAGAGACUAUUCCUUUGGACCAAAGAGGAAUUUGCACAAGUUUUGCACGGCGUGUGGGAGUGCCGUUUGGUUUGAU